UUGUUAUUUUCGAGCUCGAACCAAUUUCUUUAUAGCAUUAAAAUGGCUCUUAAGGUUAAGAAAAUUAGAAGUAAAUUAGAUGAAAUUGCUGAAAACAGGAAGUUUCACUUAAAUAAUGAGCAUCGCGAGAGGAUGGAUGAUAUGACUAAUUAUGAGGAAAUAGGCCAAAGUCACUCUUCUUUACCUGGGGUAGUCAUUGGCAGAAAAAGGGAUAAGAAGGCAAUUAUGAAAUUUCUUUUGUCUUCCAAUUGUGAGGAGAAUGUGUCAGUUGUUUCUAUAGUUGGUAUUGGAGGUUUAGGGAAGACAACACUAGCUCAACUUGUAUUCAAUGAUGAGACAGUUGAGUCACAAUUUGACCUAAAAAUAUGGGUUUGCAUUUCUUAUAAUUUUGAUGUAAAAGCAAUACUUGAAAAGAUUUUAGAAUCUAUCACUCGUGAAAAACCUGCAAGAAAUUGUGAAAUGAAUACCUUGAAAAAUCUUCUCCAUGAAAAAAUUAAUGGGAAAAGGUAUUUGCUUGUGUUGGAUGAUGUAUGGCAUGUGUUGGAUGAUGUAUGGCACUAUGAAGAAUGGUUUCUCUUGAAGGAUUUGUUAGAUGUGAGUGCAAGUGGAAGUAAAAUAAUAGUAACCACGCGACUUAAAAUUGUUGCAGAGAGGAUUAUAUCAGAUUCAAUAUACGAAUUACAAGGUCUAAGUAAGCAGGACUCAUGGUCUCUGUUCGUACAAAUGGCCUUCAGACAAGGGAGAGUGGGGAGCCAAGAGCAUGAGCUAGUAGGGAAGGAGAUUGUGGCCAAGUUUGUUGGAGUUCCUUUAGCUAUAAGAGCAAUAGGACGGCUAUUGUAUUUUAAAAAUACAAUAUCUGAGUGGUUAUCUUUCAAAGAUAAAGAACUUGUAAAUAUAAAUAAAGAAGAUGCUAGUAUUUUGCCAACACUUAUGUUGAGUUAUAACCAUUUGCCCUCACAUUUCAUUUGCCCUACAUUUUUUAAAACAUUUGCUUUGCUUACUGUAGUUGUUUCCAAAAGACACUAG